UUCUUCAGGAUGAGGAACAUUCCAUUAUAUUAUACUGGGGCUGCAUUCUUCUUCUUGCUGUUCUCAGCAACAGGUGCUGAGCCCUACAGCCUUUUAAAAAUUCUGGAGGGCCUCCAGGCAGAGCCACAGAACUACCCUUCACCCCGGUACUCAUUCUCCCUCUGCAUGGAGAUCAACAACCGCGUCUUCAGCGACGCUCUCCUCAGCUCUACCUCACAGCAGUACAAGCGCAUGUAUGCUGAGGUUGCUGGAGUUCUGGACGUCGCCUUUAACUGCUCUGACUGUGACACAAGAGAAACCUAUAGAGGAGUGACAAACAUACAGUUCAGUAACGGGUCUGUGAUCGCAAAUUGUACCCUCCAGUUCCAGACCAUUUUUAUCAACCAUGUUGUGAUCAAGCAUUUGUUCCUGAGGGCCAUAGAUAAUAACACUCAAGUGAACGGUCUUGCAGUCAACAGACAGUACACAGCUGAAACAGUCACACCUGCCUGGCUUUUUCCAAAGUCAACAACUUUUGCAGAAUCUAGUGCUGAGGGUCUUCCUGGUUGGGCCAUUGCAUUGCUAGUGCUGGCAUGCAUCAUCAUACUGCUUCUCUUCAUCAUCUUACUACUGAUAUGCUUUUGGUGCUGUAGGAGAAAAGAAAAAAAGGAAGAAACACAAACUGUUGCUCCGUAUGAGAGAACGUCUUUCAAAGAACAUCUUGCCAAUCCCACAUAUAUGUCACACACACCUGAGAGGAGCCCCAACUACCGGAGCUUGGGAGAACCAGAAGCACAACAUGGCAACCGAUCCGGGACGUACACGAUGAAUCCUCAGAGAUGAAAACCACAACACUGCUAUAAGAGAGAGGCAUGGAGUAACGGAUGCUAUGAAGGUCAGGAUGGUAAAGUGGUUUCUCUCAUAGAAGAUGCUGGUUUCUUCAGCAAGUUUCUAAAAAUGUGGACUUGUCAUCAUUACCAUGUGUAAUCUAAGUAUUAUACUCAACUGGAUAGACAAUUAUUUAUUUCUGUACUAUUUAUGAAGCACAGAUAUGGGCAUUUGGGUCUGUGAACUUUUGCAUCUCUGACUCUAUUUCAGUGUAACGUAGGUAAG